CGGAAGAGGAACUGUUCUCUGGCUGUAGUGUUGAUGUUUUCAAGCUGCUGCUGCUUCUGUUUCUGAGGGGGAGACUGUGGGCGGAAGCAUGGUGUGCGAAAAAUGUGAAAAGAAACUUGGUACUGUUAUCACUCCUGAUACAUGGAAGGAUGGUGCAAGGAAUACCACAGAAAGUGGCGGAAGAAAACUGAAUGAAAAUAAAGCUUUGACUUCAAAGAAAGCAAGAUUUGAUCCAUAUGGAAAGAACAAAUUCUCCACUUGCAGAAUUUGUAAAAGUUCUGUACACCAACCAGGUUCUCAUUAUUGCCAGGGCUGUGCCUACAAAAAGGGUAUCUGUGCCAUGUGUGGCAAAAAGGUUUUGGAUACCAAAAACUACAAGCAAACGUCUGUCUAGACGUGUUGAUGAAGUUUCUGGCUGUCUGUGAUUUUACUUUCUGCUUUGGCUUUUCAAGGCAUCAUUUAGAUGUUCAACUUAAAAAGUAACAUAUUUCAAGACAAAUGGCUAAGUUUAAACCAGGGAAGUUUAUCAGUAGUUAUUGUUUUGUUCUGAAAAGGUUCUAAAAGCAGCAAUGUAACUCUCUGUCUUAAGACAGUUAUUAAGUGAUUAUUUUCCUUAUGAGCAUUUUAUUGAACUAGAAUAAGUGAAUGAAAAAUACUUAUGAGUUCUGAGUGCACUUUUUAUUUAAAGUUUAUAUAAUUUGUAUCCUCCUACACCUAUUUUAUUUAUGGAUAUUGCAAGAUGAGGUAGAGAUUGUUGAUGUUUUGCUCUGAACUUGGCGUUUAGACAAAAUUCUUCCCUAACUCUACAGAAUUCUUCCCUAACUCUCUGGUGUCAUAGUUCUUAGAAUCAACAGUCUUAAUUAAUCAUACUUUCACUGGAUACUUAAAUAUUGAAAGCCAGUAUUGCUGAAUAAUUCUUUAGUAAUUAGUCCAGAUACCAAUCAAAGACAAGUUGAAUUUGAUUCCUUUUCAUUUAUUCUUGAAGCCAAAGUGCCAGUUCCUUUCACAUAUUAAUAAGAACAUAAA